AUGGGGUUAUCCCGCAUCUGGGGUGAAUAUUCGCAAGAGGACGUCCCAAUUGCUCCUCGCCUCGGAUCCAAACACCACGGAAAUAGGUGCCGUCCCAUCCCAUGCCAGUUCGUCCCCUCGUCCAAACACACGUUCUUCGUCUCCUCCUGCGGUGGCGGCCGCCGGCGAUCCCUGAUCGGCGACACUCAGAGGGCCAAUCUAGCAACAAUGUCAUCGCUUCAGUUAUUGCAACUAACAGAGCGCGGGCGCAACCUUUUGUCUUCAAGAAGGAGAACAAUUGCAAUUUUUUCUGGGGCAGUACUUGCUGGUGGAACUUUGGCAUAUGCCCAGUCAGGUCGAUGGAAAAAGCAUCAGGAAGUAAAUUGUUGCAGUGAUGCAAACUCACAUAGCAGUAAUAACGGAAGAACUAGUCAGAACGGAAUUGAUGGUAAAUUGGUGAAAACAAGGAAAAAGAAAAGUGGACUGAAGUCCUUACAUUUUCUGGCUGCUAUUUUACUUAAGAAGAUUGGCCCAAAUGGAACGAAUUACCUUAUUGGCUUGAUAUUAACAGCAGUCUUGCGUACAGCUGUUGGCCACAGAUUAGCAAAAGUACAAGGGUAUUUAUUCAAAUCUGCAUUCCUUCGGCGUAUUCCGACCUUUACACGUCUCAUUAUUGAAAAUCUUCUUCUAUGCUUUCUCCAAUCCACGUUAUAUCAGACGUCAAAGUACUUAACAGGGUCCUUAGGCUUGCGCUUCAAAAAAAUCUUGACAGAUCUUGUCCAUGCUGAUUAUUUUGAGAACAUGGUAUACUACAAGAUCUCACAUGUUGAUCAUCGGAUCUCAAACCCAGAGCAAAGGAUUGCAAGUGACAUACCAAAGUUCUGCUCAGAAUUAAGUGACCUUGUACAGGAUGAUCUGGCUGCAAUUGUAGAAGGGUUAAUAUACACCUGGCGCCUGUGCUCUUAUGCAAGUCCAAAAUAUGUAUUAUGGAUUCUGGCAUAUGUUAUAGGCGCUGGUGGUACAAUUAGAAAAUUUUCUCCUGCUUUUGGCAAACUGAAGUCUACAGAACAACAGCUAGAGGGAGAAGCAUCACAUAUUAAGCAGCGGUUCCGGGCACUUGUUAAACACUUGAAUGUUGUUCUUCAUGAAAACUGGUGGUUUGGCAUGAUUCAAGAUUUUCUUCUGAAGUAUCUUGGUGCCACUGUGGGAGUUAUCCUAAUUAUUGAACCUUUCUUUGCGGGGAAUCUUAAACCUGAAUCAUCCACCUUAGGAUGGGCAGAGAUGUUGAGCAAUCUCCGAUACCACACCAGCGUGAUAAUGUCACUGUUUCAAUCUCUUGGAACCCUUUCUAUUGGUUCAAAGCGCUUAAAUAUUCUCAGUGGCUAUGCUUAUCGUAUUCAUGAAUUACUGGAUGUCUCGCGUGAGCUAUCUGGUGGCCGUGAUAGAUUGAUUACUCAAAAUUCCUCUGAUGGAAAUUAUAUCAGCGAGGCAAAUUAUAUAGAGUUUUCAGGUGUAAAGGUGGUGACACCUUCUGGGAAUGUCUUGGUUGAUAAUUUGAACCUUCAUUUGGAGUCAGGCUCUAAUCUGUUGAUCACUGGUCCUAAUGGUAGUGGAAAAAGCUCCCUUUUUCGUGUUCUUGGUGGUCUGUGGCCGAUGGUAUCUGGUCAUAUUGUCAAACCUGGUGUUGGUUCCAAUCUCAACAAGGAAAUAUUUUAUGUGCCCCAGAGACCAUAUACAGCAGUUGGAACACUUCGCGACCAGUUAAUCUAUCCGCUCACAGCAGACCAAGAGAUUGAACCACUCAGCUAUGGUGGCAUGGUGGAUCUUCUAAAGAAUGUUGAUCUGGAAUACUUGCUAGAACGCUAUCCUCUUGACAAGGAAGUUAACUGGGGUGAUGAAUUGUCUCUUGGUGAGCAGCAAAGAUUAGGAAUGGCUAGACUGUUCUAUCAUAAGCCAAAGUUUGCUAUCCUGGAUGAAUGCACUAGUGCUGUGACAACUGAUAUGGAAGAGCGCUUCUGCAAAAGGGUUCGAGCAAUGGGCACAUCAUGCAUAACAAUAUCUCACCGUCCAGCAUUAGUUGCAUUUCAUGAAAUUGUUUUGUCCUUAGAUGGUGAAGGAGGCUGGAAUAUUCAGGACAACAGAAAUGGUUCUUCCUUCUCUCCUGAAGUUGAGUUUGAUGUGCUGAAGUCAUCAGAAACUGAUCGCAAGUCUGAUGCACUUACUGUUCAAAGGGCUUUCAUCACCAGCACAAAGGGCAAUGCAUCAAUGAAGUCCAAGAAGCAGUCCUAUUCAACAGAGGUCAUAGCAUCUUCCCCCACUAUGGAGAUAGAACAUACAGUACGAUCACCUAUUGUCACACAAUUGCAAUGCUCUCCAAGACCUUUGCCUGUCAGAGUUGCUGCAAUGUCUCAAAUACUGGUUCCAAAGCUAUUUGAUAAGCAAGGAGGUCAGCUGCUUGCAGUGGUACUGCUUGUAUUCUCCCGCACUUGGAUUUCAGAUCGUAUAGCUUCAUUGAAUGGAACAAGUGUCAAGUAUGUCUUGGAGCAGGACAAAGCUGCCUUCAUUCGUUUGGCUGGCAUCAGUGUGCUGCAAAGUGCAGCAAAUUCCAUCGUGUCACCCUCACUGAGAAAUCUUACUUCAAGAAUUGCCCUUGGAUGGCGGAUUCGCAUGACCAACCAUCUGCUUCAAUAUUAUUUGAAAAGAAAUGCUUUUUACAAGGUAUUCAACAUCUCGGGUAUGAGUAUGGAUGCAGACCAAAGAAUGACACAUGAUGUAGAGAAGUUGACCAAUGAUCUUGCUGGCUUGCUUACCGGUAUGGUGAAGCCACUAGUUGAUAUUAUUUGGUUUACAUGGAGAAUGAAGCUUUUGUCUGGGCGAAGAGGGGUUGCUAUACUGUAUGCUUACAUGUUCCUAGGUCUUGGUUUUCUAAGAGCUGUGUCCCCUGACUUUGGUGAUCUUUCAAACCAAGAACAAGAACUUGAAGGCACAUUCAGGUUCAUGCACUCAAGAUUGCGGACGCAUGCUGAGUCAAUAGCUUUCUUUGGUGGUGGAUCAAGGGAGAAAGCUAUGAUUGAUGCAAAAUUCACGACAUUGCUCAACCACUCGAAGGUUCUGUUGAGAAAAAAGUGGCUUUAUGGUAUUUUUGAUGAUUUUGUGACGAAACAGCUUCCUCAUAAUGUGACAUGGGGGCUGAGUAUGUUAUAUGCUUUGGAGCACAAGGGAGACCGAGCUUUGACUUCAACUCAAGGAGAGUUGGCACAUGCUCUGAGGUUCUUGGCAUCUGUGGUGUCACAAAGCUUCAUAGCGUUUGGUGAUAUUCUUGAGUUACACAAGAAGUUCCUUGAACUCUCUGGUGGUAUUAAUAGAAUAUUUGAGCUUGAGGAGCUUCUACAGGCAUCACAAAGCAAUCCUGUCGUGCCUUCUGAUGCUAUAAAUGCCACUUCCGAAGAAAUAAUUUCCUUCCGUGGCGUGGAUAUUGUAACACCAUCACAAAAGCUAUUGGCUAGCCAAUUGUCUUGUGAUGUAUCUCAAGGGAAAAGCCUUCUUGUGACUGGUCCAAAUGGUAGCGGAAAGAGUUCCAUUUUUAGGGUGCUUCGAGGUUUGUGGCCCAUUGCUUCCGGUAGUCUUACCAAACCAUCAGAAGGAAUUUUUAAUGUUCCUCAACGUCCAUAUACUUGUCUUGGAACCUUGAGGGAUCAGAUCAUAUACCCUCUCUCACAUGAGGAGGCAAAGUUGAAGAUGCUGUCAUACGAAACAAGUGACGAGUCUACAGCUUCCAAGAUGUUGGAUGAUCACCUGAAGACGAUUCUAGAGAAUGUUCGCUUGGUGUAUCUUCUAGAAAGAGAAGGUUGGGAUGCUACUCCUAACUGGGAAGAUAUUCUAUCCUUGGGAGAACAGCAGAGGCUGGGGAUGGCUCGUCUGUUCUUUCACUGUCCUAAAUAUGGCAUCCUCGACGAAUGCACCAAUGCCACAAGUGUGGACGUUGAGGAGCAUCUGUACAGGCUAGCAACCAACAUGGGCAUAACAGUGAUCACAUCCUCACAAAGACCUGCUCUGAUCCCCUUCCAUUCCUUGGAACUGAAACUCAUUGAUGGUGAAGGAAAGUGGGAGCUUUGUUCCAUCCACCAAUAA